ACGUCAUCGAUGGACUUUUGAGGAAAUUCCCUCCUAAUGUAGGAUUUGGUCCCGACGAGCGUGUCCCAAUGGCCUCUCGCGAUCCAACAUCCUCUGAAAGCACUGACGCCGCUCUGGACACAAAUCUCCUCAAGGAAAUAGCCCGAAAGGCUCUUGUGGAUUCAUUGAACUCUGUGAAUGGCGUAAAGACCUUGGUCCUGGAUCCAUCACUAGCAGGUCCACUGGGACUCGUGACUGAAGUUGCGUUAUUAAAACAUCAUGGUGUUGACAAGAUGUUUUGGCUGGAAGCUGGUCCCCUGACUUCCACCACGUCAAAUAUCAUAUAUCUUUGUCGGCCUCUCAUAAAGCAUGUCAAGGUCAUUGCCGAACAGAUCAAACGACACGCCAAAGACGCGGCAAAACAUACCUAUACCUUACUCCUGGUUCCACGUGCUUCAACAUUGGUGACACGAAUACUGGAGGAGGAAGGAGUCCUAGGCGAUGUUUCAAUCUUAUCUUACAGCCUUCAAUUCAUUCCAAUUGAAGAAGAUGUUGUUUCAUUGGAAUAUGAGUCCGUCUUCAAGGACAUAUGGGUGGACGGCGACGAGACGGCAAUCUAUGAUUCUGCCCAGGCAUUGAUCACCCUUCAGAAACUGUAUGGACUAUUUCCUCGCGUUAUCGGUAAAGGCGACAAAGCUGCGAGACUCGCGGCUCUUCUGACCAGUUCUCUUGCCCAAGCGAGGACAUCCUCAGCACCUGACACCCUUUUCCAGUCCUCGGAUAAAAUCGAUGCCCUAAUCGUCCUGGAUCGUCGCGUCGACAUGAUAACGCCCCUGCUUACCCAACUUACCUAUGAAGGUCUUAUCGAUGAGCUUAUUGGUAUCAAAAACUCUCACGUCGAAUUACCAACCUCGCUUCCAGCACCGACGACGUCCUCUGGCACUCUGAGGAAAGAAAAUAAAAAGAAAUACCAUCUUUCGUCGUCUGAUGCUCUCUUUGGUGAACUGAGAGAUCUGAAUUUCUCUGCCGUGGGGCGUAGACUGAACAAAGUGGCGCGUCGGCUAGAAGAUGAUUAUAAGGCGAGCCGGCAAGCCAAGACUAUUCCCCAGCUUCGAGACGUUGUGGGCAAGCUAGGCGGUUUGCAAAGCGAGCAUCAAGCAUUGCGGCUGCAUACCGGCGUUUCCGAGCUCCUAGUCCCUAUAACCCGAACUGACCAUUUCAACAAGUCUCUGGAGAUCCAACAAGACCUUCUAGCAUCCUAUAAGGUUCCCGAGCAGAUAUCCGCUAUCGAAGAGCUCAUAGCGCAAAAUGCCGAAAUCGAGCUGACUCUGGAAAACAUUAAACGCGAAAUAUUACAGACUUAUGGCUAUCAUAACCUGCCAUUGCUACUAUCGCUAGCGUCACCUCCGCUUGCAAUUUUACUUCCCAACCCUCUUCCAGUAUCGGCGCCUGCGAUGACCCUGCCGAAGUUUCCCUAUACGUCACUCAGAAAGUCACUUCGGCUCUUGAUUGACGAUAACCCAGAGGCCUUGGAUGAGGUAGAGAAUGACAUCAGCUUUGUCUAUUCUGGUUACGCUCCAAUUAGCAUCCGCCUUGUGCAAUGUGUUGCUCAGAGGGGUGGGGUCCUGAGCAAUCCAGCUGACAGAGAUAAAGCUGCGCGACAAGGUGACAGCAAUGCUGCCCCAGAGGGCAAGGUCCAAGCCCAUGCAAUCAAUGGCUGGAAAGGGUUUGAAGACGUUCUAGCUACCAUACCUGGCGAAACGGUGGAUAUCAUUCAACAGGGUGUUGGUCGCAAUCCCAUCUCGCCGUCAUUAGGCCGGUCCAUGGACAACACUACGACAACCGUCGUAUUUUUCCUUGGUGGCUGCACGUAUACUGAGAUCGCCGCGCUGCGGUGGGUUGGUCGGCAAAAUCAAGGGCGUAAGUUUUUAAUUGCUACAACUGGCAUCGUGAGUGCAUCCAGCAUCAUUGACGGGAUCGCUGGAAUACGGAAGACGGGAGGAUCAUCAUCUAAGAAUGCUGGCAUUUAGGCAUGUGCUACUAUGUUCUCGAAGACCUAGCAUGAGACUAUUAAGUAAGAUAGGUGAGGAAACGUACUGCUUCUUCUUCCACCAAGCACAUGGUCGAGCCUGUAGCUUGAGCACAUUCAAUAAAAGAAAGAUAGCGCCGCCCGUUACUGUCUGUACCACGAAAUAACGUGCCAUGCCUUACGCGACGCGUCUGUUUGGAUGAUCGGCCUUCUGAUACCUGGGUACUUGAACUCCAGACACCUUCGGAUCGCAGGUAGACCUGGAAUUAACCUGUCCUUUAAGCAACAGUGCAUCCUUUUUUGGAGAGUUGAUCUUUGUUGCGCACCUGUUCGUGAAAUCAUGUUUUGCAGA